UCUCCAAUCUCUCUCUCUCUCUCCCUCACUAUACUAAUUAUAGAAUCUCUCUGAUGGCGUCUUCAGGUGGCAGCUUGAACCCAGCCCUAAAUUCUUUCCAUUACAAUCCCACAUCCCAAUACAUGAAUUCCUUCACCGAUCUCCUCACAUCAAACAAAGAUCACUACGAAGAGAAAUACUCAUUCCCGCCUCUCUCUCCUCCGCCUCUCUCUCCUUCCUUCUUCCUCGACUCUCCCGCCCUCUUCGGAUCAUCCAAUGCCCUCCCAUCUCCCACCACCGGAGCCUUCGCCGCGCUCUUCGCCAAGGACGACGGGCCCGCGUUUUCCGAUUUCUCCUUCCACUCCCAAACACGCCCUUCCGAUCCCUCCGCUGCACUCAUCACUUCGAAGGAUUGUGUAAAGAGGCAGAGAGAGGAGGAAAGUUGGAUAAGAAAAGUUGAAGAAGUUCCAAGAAGUUAUGUCCGAGAGCAGGGGAAAUCAGACGACGGGUACAACUGGAGGAAAUAUGGGCAGAAACAAGUGAAGGGGAGCGAGAAUCCUCGUAGUUACUACAAGUGCACCUUCGCAAACUGCCCCACCAAGAAGAAAGUGGAGAGGAAUCUCGACGGCUGCGUCACCGAGAUCGUCUACAAAGGCAGCCACAACCACGGCAAGCCCCACGCCGCCCGAAGGAACCUCGACACCAACUCCCCCUCCGUCUCCGACGACCAGGCCUCCACGUCCAUCACCAACUCCACCGACGACAAUGCCAACGACCACGUUGCCAAGAGAUGGAAAGGGGAUGAUGAGAAUGAGAGCGGCUGCGGGAGUAGGGCGGUUCGAGAGCCGCGAGUGGUGGUGCAGACAACUAGUGAAAUCGACAUUCUUGAUGAUGGUUAUAGAUGGAGGAAAUAUGGGCAGAAAGUGGUCAAGGGCAACCCAAAUCCUAGGAGUUACUACAAGUGUACCUCCAACGGUUGCCCGGUGAGGAAGCACGUGGAGCGGGCCUUCCACGACAACAGAGCCGUGAUCACAACGUACGAGGGGAAGCACAACCACGAGGUCCCUGCAGCACGGGGCAGUGCCUGCUAUGCGGCCAGCAGGCCACAAGCAGCUGCUUAUACAGUGCAGAAUUCAGACAGCUUCGCGUUCGGAAACAAUUCUUACAUGAAUCAGAGAGACAAUGCCAUGUCCGCAGCAGCCAAGGAAGAGCCCAAAGAUCACUCGUUUUUCGACCUCUUUCUAGACUGAGCCAAAUCACAGUUUUGUUUUGUGUGGAAAUGAAAUAAGGCAUUUUGUGUUGUAAAUUAAAUGUGAGCCCAGCUAGUUAGCUGUAGGUUGAUUAAUUUUAGGUGAAAUUUUUUCAUUUGUUUCAACUACUCAUAUGAUAUAUCAAAGUUUCCAAUAUUUAUCCAA